AUGGCAUCUGCGAGCAACAUCGGUGCGGUGGAGCGGGUAGCCGGCGCGCUGUACGGGGCGCUCAUUGCGGAUGCGUUGGCUAUGCCUGCCCACUGGGUCUACCGGACGGGGCUCAUGCCGCAGCUGUUCGGCGCCGACGGCAUCACGGGCUUCCGGGCGCCACCCGAGCGGCUGCCAGGCUCGAUCCUCUCGCUCUCGUCGACAUCGGGCGGUGGACGCGGUAAGGAUGACGGGGGGCUGGUUGGUGACGUCAUCCUGCACGGCAAGCGCAAGUACUGGGCCCGCGGCGCCGAUUACCACUACCACGUCUCGCUGGCUGCCGGCGAGCCGACGCUGGAGGGCCAGCUGCUCACCGUCCUGGCCGGCUGUGCUGCCGGCGACGGCUCGCGAUCGGACAGCGGCCAGGUCGAAGGCCUGGAGGCGUGGGCAGAGGACGCCGCGAGCGCAGGCUCGGGCCUGGCGGAGCGGUUCCGCGAGGCGUACGUGGCGUUCAUGACGACGCCCGGAAGCCACAACGACACGUAUGCGGCGACGGCGCAUCGGAUGUUCUUUGCCAACCACGUGCUGGACGGCGUGCCUGCUGUCGAGGCUGCCGACGACGACAGGCACAACGUGGCGGCGAUCGACGCGCUUACGCUUCCGACACUGCCGAUGGUGCUUGCGUGCGUGGCGGCGGGCGGUGGAGGGGGAGGCCGGGCGGGUGAUCCGGGGCGGGUUCCCGAGGCAGCGGUGGAGGCCGGGAUGGCGGUGCUGGGUGUGACUCGCAACGUGCCUUACAUCCGGCCGUACGUGGCGGCAUACGGCCAGCUGUUGUGGUUAACGCUCAAUGGGGUGGCGCCGAGCGCGGCUGCGGCGUCGGUGGCGUGCGACGAGCCGUUUGCCGGGCGGUUUGAUCUGCCGGCCUUUGCUGCCUUGCACGGGCCCGGACGUGAGCCGAUGGCGGCGUGCUACAUUGACGGUGCCUUCCGGGUCCUUCUCUACCUGCUGUAUGCAUACGGCGAUGAUGCCGACGUCUCGGUCGCGCUGCUGGCCAACGCCAACGCCGGCGGCGAGAACGUGGCCCGCGGCAGCUGCCUGGGCGCGGUGCUUGGGGCCUGGUGGACGGGUUGA